AUGUUUGAUCCUGUCUUCUCUGAUCAUCCCUUUCUUCCACAGUCCCCAAUCCAUCUGCUGAUAGAACAGAGCCUUGGGUGCAAGCUGCACAUGCUCAGUUUGGUGUGUAUAGCUAGGGAGUUUUCUUUUCUUUGGAAAGUGCAUGUGAUCAGCACAGGGCCAAUCAGCACUGUCUAGAGGGUCAGGGGUCCUGCAGUCUCAUAGGACAGUCAGAGGAGAAUGAAAACUCCUCCUACAAGCUUUAACAUGUGCUCUGCUGGACUCUGAUAGAAGUCACAAGACUGCUCUAACUGCUGAUGAGAAAAGGUAUUUAGCAGUCUAUAUUUACUAA